GGGCAAGUGCCCUCCCCAAUGUCCCGCGCCACGCUGAGCAUUGUACCUCGGCCGAGCGCGUCUUCCCCACUUUCGGGUGAGAAACGGAGAGCGUCCCUUACGUACUGGCGAGCGCGGGGUUGUUUACAGUCUCGCUGUAUUUCCAUGGAAACUCUGGUUGUCAUACCGUGCCAGGCUGAAACAACCGUGUCCACAUCCCGCGCCCAGCAGCCUCCCGACAUGCGCCCGCGCGGCGGCUCCAGCCCUGACCCCGACAGCAGCCGGGCCAGCACCGAGCACGACGGCUGCCACCGCCACCGGUAUCCCGCCCCGGGGCCCGGACCUCGACCGUAGGCGAGCCCCGGCGCCGCCCCAGCACCAGCGUAAGAUGCGCCGCCAGCCAGCCCGGGGAACGGCGCUCUCCCCACCGCGGCCCAGGCCGGAGCUAUGAGUGCCGCCAGGGGCCUGUCCGACUCGCCCCACGCUCCUCACCCACGGUCCUUCCCGUCUACCCUCGCCUCGGCAAACCCCGGGGCGCCGCCGGCGAGGCGCGCAGGCCUUUGAGCAAUUGCAACUGAAAAUUCUGAGGCAUGAUUUUGGUGAAAAUAAGAGUCACAUCAGCCAGUCAGACUGAGGUGUAUUUCAGAUGCAUAUGAUUUAAAACUGUAAAAUGGAUUUUGGAUUCAAAAACCAUAACAACAGGACACCUACCAAGAACACCUCUGCUACUACAAAGAAUUUUUCUGCCUGGGAAGAUUAUAAGAGCAGUAUUGAUGACAUACAGUACUUUCUUAUUGGGCUGUACACACUUAUAAGUCUGGCUGGCUUUGUGGGAAAUCUGCUUAUACUGACGGCUCUACUGAAGCGCAAGCAGAAGACAAUAAUAAACAUUCUUAUUGGUAACUUGGCCUUUUCUGACAUCUUAGUUGUCCUGUUUUGUUCACCUUUCACGCUGACAUCUGUCCUGCUUGACCAGUGGAUGUUUGGCACUAUCAUGUGCCACAUAAUGCCCUUCCUCCAGUGCGCAUCAGUUCUAGUUUCAACUUUGAUUUUGGUCUCUAUUGCUGCAGUCAGGUACCGUAUGAUAAAGUAUCCCCUUUCUAGCAAUUUAACAGCAAAACAAGGCUAUUUCUUAAUAGUGACCAUUUGGGCCUUUGGCUUUGCAAUUUGCUCCCCUCUGCCAGUUUUCCAUAAAACUGUGGACCUCAGCAAAACUCUGAAUUUAGAGGCACUGGAGAACAGGCUCUUGUGUAUUGAGGCAUGGCCAUCUGAUUCGUACAGAAUUGCCUUUACAAUAACCUUGUUGUUGAUGCAGUAUGUAUUGCCACUGGUGUGUUUGACUGCCAGUCACACCAGCGUCUGCAGGAGCAUAGGUUCCAGACUGUCAAGCAAGGAAAACAAGUUGGAAGAAAAGGAGAUGAUAAACCUAACGCUUCCUCCCUCUAAGAGUACCAGCACACAGGUGCAGCCCUCUGGCCAUUCCAGGUGGAGCUGCACCUUUGGAAGAAAGCACCACAGAAGAUACAGUAAAAAGACUUCAAGUGUGAUGCCAGCUAUUUCAAGGCAUCAUCAGGAUACUGAUUCCAAAGACCUCCCAGAAACCUCUGUCACGGAAAAAAGCCAGCUCUCUUCCUCCAGUAAAUUCAUCCCUGGGAUACCCAUCUGUUUUGAGAUGAAACCAGAAGAAAACACAAGGAUCCAGGAUGUGAUUACGGUAUCACGAUCCAUCAUCAGAAUUAAGACAAGGUCUCGGAGAGUUUUUUGCAGACUGACAGUGCUAAUCUUAGUUUUUGGUUUCAGUUGGAUGCCUCUUCAUCUUUUCCACAUUGUGACAGAUUUUAAUGCCGCUCUCAUUUCUAACAGACAUUUUAAAUUAGUAUAUUGCAUCUGCCAUUUACUGGGUAUGAUGUCCUGCUGCUUGAAUCCCAUCCUCUAUGGGUUUCUUAACAACAGCAUAAAAGCUGAUUUAAUAUCCCUUAUUCCAUGCUGCCAAAUACCAUGACUUUAUGUGCCCCAAGGUAAAAUAAACCAAGUUUGACUUUCAAA